AUGACAUCUCGUCCAAAUAUCAAAACAGUGAAGAAAACGCUAAGUGCCGGACAUGGACCACUGCCGGAAUAUCGUGAUGGCACAAAAGCGAUCUUUCACUACGAAGCUCUUAAACCGCUUGUGGACGUUACUGUGGAAGGUUUUCCUGAUUCAAGAGAUUUAUACAAAUUAGUUGACAGCACUCGAAAGCCAUAUCCGGACGGUUACGGAAAACCACUGGAAUUGGUUUUUGGCAAGAAGUUUCAGUUACCGGUCUUUGAAACCUGCUUAAGAUCUAUGCAUAUUGAUGAGAUCAGCCAGUUUGAUAUUGAAGCAUCUGAAUUGUAUCCAUUUCCACACGUAUCUAGCAAGUUAAGAGACAUAGCGAAGAGCGAAAUGAAUGAAAGUAAAGGUCAGGAAGAUGUUCAUCACCACAGAUGUGCCUUAGGAGGACUCGAGACAGGGUACCCAGAACUGGAUGCAUUAAUUAAGGAUCCUCAAUCGCUUCGAUUUAUAUUUCACCUUUUGAAAGUUUUACAAAUUGAAGAAUAUGAACCAGAUAGGUGGCAACUGAAUUGCGAACAAAAGCGAGAAAGUGUUUUACAACUCAGACUAAAGGGCAAUGAAUUCCACAAAAAAGGGGACUACGAAGAAGCAGCUUCACAUUAUCGGGAAGCAUUAACUAGGCUUGAUACACUGUUACUGGAAGAAAAACCAGGUGACCCAGAUUGGAUUCAGCUUGACCAGCAGAAUAUCGUGUUGUAUUUGAACUUAGCACAAUGUUUUUUGAAUAUGGGGCAGUACUAUGAUGCCAUAGCAGCAACGGAUGAAGUGUUAAAGCGAGACCCAACAAAUGAUAAAGCAUUGUUUAGACGAGCCAAAGCUGAAAUAGCUGUUUGGAAUUUGGAAGAUGCGGAAAAGGAUCUUGACAGGUUGUUGAAGUGUAAAGCUGAACUAAAGAAUCUAGUGGAGCAAGAAAAAAGAAAAAUAACCAAGUUAAAAGUGGAACGACAAUCGGUAGAGCAAACUGUUUGCAAGAACAUGUUCAGAAACAGUAGCUGA